AGCUGAAGUCGUUUGGACCUGAGAGCAACUGCAAACUGAAGAAAAUGAAGAUCCAAAUUUUGGUGCUGGCCUUUGCUUUGGUGGUUGUGAUCACUGCAGCACCAGCCAAAAAGGCUGCUGCAGUAGACCCAGAUGAAGAUGACACGAAGGCUCUAAUGGAUGCAUUUUCCAAGCACGGCCCUGAAAUAAUGGAACUGCUCAAAAGCAUCACUCUUGAAGACGCAAUGUCCGACCCCGAUGUUGAUGAGCUGGUGGAGAGCAACAUCAACUCCACUGAAGUAGAUGAGGUGGUGAGCAAUAUCACCUCCGCUGAUGUAGACGACCUAGCAGACAGCGACUCUGAUGAUGACACAGACUCUGACGACGACACUGACUUGGCUGAGCUGGCAGACAGUGACUCUGACGAAGACUCAGACUCCAUCGAUGAUGCUGACUUAGAUGAGCUGGCAAGCAACAUAACCACCACUGACAUAGAUGAGCUGGCAAGCAACAUGGACUCCGCUGAUGUAGAAGACCUGUUGGAGAGCACUAUUAACUCCACCGAUGUAGAUGAGCUAGCAAGCCACAUGAACUCCACUGACGUAGAUGAGCUAGCAAGCAGCAUGGACUCCAGUGAUGUAGAAGACCUGCUGGAGAGCACUAUUAACUCCGCUGAUGUAGAUGAGCUGGCAAGCCACAUGAACUCCACUGAUGUAGAUGAGCUGGCAAGCAACAUGGACUCCAGUGAUGUAGAAGACCUGUUGGAAAGCGCUAUUAACUCUGCUGAUGUAGAUGAGCUGGCGAGCAACAUCAUCUCCACUGACAUAGACGACCUGGCAGACAGCGACUCAGAUGAUGACACAGACUCUGACGACGACGUUGACUUGGCUGAGCUGGCAGACAGUGACUCUGAUGAAGACUCAGACUCCAUCGAUGAUGCUGACUUAGAUGAGCUGGCAAGCAACAUAACCACCACUGACAUAGAGGAGCUGGUAAGCAACAUGGACUCCGCUGAUGUAGAAGACCUGUUGGAGAGCACUAUUAACUCCGCUGAUGUAGAUGAGCUGGUAAGCAACAUGAACGCCACUGACAUAGAUGAGUUGAUAAGCAACAUGGACUCCAGUGAUGUAGAAGACCUGUUGGAGAGCACCAUUAACUCCACUGAUGUAGAUGAACUGGUAAGCAACAUGAACUCCAGUGAUGUAGAGGAGCUGGUAAGCAACAUGGACUCCAGUGAUGUAGAAGACCUGUUGGAGAGCACCAUUAACUCCGCUGAUGUAGAUGAGCUGGUAAGCAACAUAAACUCCACUGAUGUAGAUGAGUUGGUAAGCAACAUGGACUCCAGUGAUGUAGAAGACCUGUUGGAGAGCACCAUUAACUCCGCUGAUGUUGAUGACUUGGUUGAGAGCAUCAUCAACUCCACUGACAUCGAUGAGCUGCUCAAGAAUGCCACUCUUGAAGAUUCAAUGUCCGAGUCCACCACUUACAUGGAGGUCGAUGCUGAUGAGGAAUCAGUGACCCUGGACUCCGCUGACGUAGAUGAGCUGGUGGAUAGUGAAGACAAUGAUAAUGGUGAUGAUGCAAUUACAGAUGCAGAUGAAGAUGUUGAUGUAGAUGACACCUCUUCUAGUGAUGAAGACAUUUUCGAACAGACACUGGUCAGGGUCAGAGAUUUCAUAGAUGAACUGCUCAAGGAGAAGCAUGAGACCAAGAUGGAUGCUUAAUAAGCUAAGAAGUCAGAAUCCCUCACGGCAUCCUAAGUGUACAUAAUGUCUUCUCGUAUUUUUCAAAUAAUUUAUUCGUGAAAUGGCAGACGCCUACAGACUUGCCACAAAUUGAAUUCAAAAAGACAAAGUUUCAGUCCAAGUGGGAGCUUCGUCAGGUCCAAAUGGUUGAGAUGCGUUAAGAUCCAUCCUGGAUUGAAACUUGGUCUUUCUGAAUUCUUGGUCUUUCUAAAUUUGUGGCUUUGUUUCUGUUUUUCAUUUACAUUGCUGUAUAAAUAACAUAUUGUAUGAUUUAUAUACAUGUGUAUCUCUACCUCUUACCUACCUUUAUAGCUCUCCAACUUAACACUCGAUCUACAGCAAAACGGGUAUCAUCAUGAUUGCCAGAGUAUGUAAAUAAAACCACCUGAAGCAUUGUCUUACAAUAAUUGGAUCACAUUAUAUUGCACUCUGUAGUGUUAAACCCAUCGCCCUUUGGUGAAAAAUAAAGUUGACAGCAUUUUUUGUGCAUCUGA